GGUUUGCAGACUUCCGCUUUUUAAUAGCAGAAGAAGAAGAAGCUUACUUCCACUGUCGGCGUGUUGAACAGUUUCAGUUUUAACAACAUGGACGUGCUGUGUGGCCCAAUGGGCUUGGGUGUUGUCACAGGACUUGGCUGCGGUAUCCUCCUAGGUUGGCAUCUGCGGGCUCGUUUGGGUCCGGCCUCCAGAAACCUGAUGGCGGCUAUGGGGAACGGGUCCGGUGAAGCAAGCGUGAUGGGAGAAGGCGGCGAGUUCAAGAUGAUCCUGGUGGUCCGCAGCGAUCUGAAAAUGGGUAAAGGCAAGGUGGCGGCCCAGUGCGCCCAUGCUGCGGUGGCGGCUUACAAGCAGGUGCAGCGGAGGAACCCGGACCUCCUCAAACAGUGGGAGUACUGCGGCCAGCCCAAAGUGGUGGUCAAGUCUCCCGACGAGGACACCCUCAUUCAUCUUCUGGGCCACGCCAAGGAAAUGGGGCUUCCUGUGAGCCUGAUCCAGGACGCAGGGAGGACACAGAUUGCUCCAGGGUCUCGCACGGUGCUUGGUAUCGGGCCAGGCCCGGCUGAUCUCAUCGAUAAAGUCACCGGAGACCUGAAGCUGUACUGAGUUGUCAGCUGAACAGUUUUUGUACCGCAUCAUUGACGGAAUUCUGACUAUAAAAGAAGUCAUGAGUUGCCAUCAAAUGUAUAUACUUUCAGCAAAUAGCCACCACCUCCUAUGCUGUAGUCUAUUUUUACGUGUCAUUACCAGUUCAUAGUCACCUCCCCAGAAUUGAAAAUGGAGCAAAAAGAUGAAAUGUUGCUAAUAAGAGAGCAAUAUUUCUUAUUCAUACGACAUACCACCCCCUUCAGAGGUGGGGGGCUAAAGUACAAGCGCAGUCACCACAUCUCCAGGACCUAAGUGAUCCAUUAAAAGCUGUUUUUGAUACUACAGUGGACCCUGAGCGUCAAUUCGUUCCAGGUCUGACUCAAACCCAAUCCACUGAGGAAAACUAUGUUUCCACUGUACCAGACUUGAACCCGCGUUAAAUGCAUGUGUUUACUACAUAUACAUGGCGAAUUGUUCACCAAUGAGUUAACAGAAUAAGAAAAUACUGGGAUCAAACCCACACCGGGGCAGCAGCUGUACCAUUACACCACCAGGGACCGACCAAUGACUUCUACCAUUCUUCUGCAUGCUGUCAAUCAUUGCAAUUUUUUUUGUCCCUACUGGUAUUAGGCUGACAAUGUGCAUCCUUUUGCCCCCCCCCCAUGCAAAAAUUCCAUUGUUUGUGACGUAAGACUUUUUGACAAACCAGAAGCCUUUAUUUUUUUUUAGUGGAAAACAAAACCGCUGUUUCAUUCAUUACAAUCCUGAUUAUGCACAAUCAAGUAUCCUAGGUGCACAAUUUCAUUCUAGGAUCAUUUCAACCAGAUUAUAAGUUGAAAAAAAAAAAAAAACGAGUUAAUGAUUUCUCUGUAUAGAUGCAAACUUGUGAUAUAUGUACUUCAAAUGACCACACGAGUCCUGUCUGUGACGUUUCUGAAUGACAAGAAUUUCCGUUGUGAGAAACCAGGGCAGCGAACCAGAGUAUCGAGCAACACCCCCCUCUCCUGAGUUGGAAUGGUCCCACGUUACAAGAGCAUUUAAAGCGCCAUGGUAUUGGUCUGGAUGUAGAAAGUCCUGCAUAGACUGGAAAGAGUCGACCUUUUCUUAAAAUACGCUCCUAAGACGAAUCGGUGGGGACGUGACUGGGGACAAAUGUAGUGUUUGCGGACUGUGGUGGUCACGAGAUCAAAUGGAGAGAGGAGCACGAGUGGGUUUUGUGACAAGAAUAUACAAUAUUAAAUGCAUUUUACAGUCGGAGGAAGCUGCGCGCACACGACAAAAAGGAAGAGGCUCUACAUUAAUUUCUUCUCACUAUGAGUGCAAAUCAGAUGCUUCACAACAGACCUUAUUUUUAAACCGAGAAGAGAACUCGCUCUUCUCCCUGGCCCCCCCGCCCCUCCCCCGCCAAACCCUAUUAUACAUAAACCAUUCACCAUUCAAAACAAAAUAGAAGAAAUUAAUCUAGUCAAUACGGAAUGUGAGAAAAUUCAACUUUGUGAUUAAAUCUUUGAAAAAUAAAACAUGAGUCCUUCAUGAAAGCUUUAAGGGAAGAAAGUACAAAAAAAAGUAAGGGCUUUGUUUCUUUGUAUGAUCCCUAGUUUGUGCUCAUGUAGAGGGGGGGGCAGAGAGACAGACAAUAACGGUCUGGUGAAAAAGCCUGUGGCCCGUGGAUGGAUAGUAGCUCCAGCCUGCGUGUGGAGGAUAUCGGGUGGGGGGGUCUUCACAUGCCGUAGCUGAAGCCUGGCGCGGCAGCUGGCUGACCGUAUCCCGCAGGCGCCUGGUAGCCGUAGCCGUACGCUUGUUGAGGGGCCACGGGGACGCUGGGGCCCGCUGUGAGCAUCAGCUGGGGUGUGCCUG